AUGCCUAGGAAACAGGACUUGGAAUUUCAACUUUCUAAACAAAAACGGGAACAUGAAUUACGUUUAAAAACACUUGAAUUGGAACAUGAAAAAGAAAUUUUGGAAUUACGUGUUCAGCUAGAGAAGGCCAAUUCAACGCCAGGAGCACAUUCGACAGGAAUGCCAAAAAUUAAACUUCAACCAUUUAAUCAGGAAAAGGAUGACAUUUUGUGCUAUCUCUCUGAAUUUGAUGCGGUAGCUGAGCAUGCAGGUUGGACUGAGAACUCAAAGGCUUUACAGCUUAGGUCACUUUUAACCGGAGAAGCUCGAGAAGUGUCGCAGCAAGUGACUUCAGGAUACAGAGAUCUGUAUAAGGCUCUUUUGAAUCGAUUCGGCAAGCGCCCAGCAGACUACUUUCAGUUCCUGGAGGAAAUUAAACGUAGACCAGGAGAAACUUACAGAGGAUUAAUGUCGAGAAUAGAUCUGUAUUUGAGUCGUUUCAUUGAUGAGAAAGAUCCCGUACAAAAGUUCCGCGAAGAGUAUUUCUUAAAGGCGUUAUCUCCUCAACAAGCCCAGUGGAUUAGACGGAAUAAGGGAAGUAGUGAGUUAGUUGAAGCUGCUGAGGAUUACAUUCUACCAACAAAAUCGGCCGAGGACAGGAAACUUCAAAAUCCUAAAGUGUUAGGUGAGAAGAAGAGCCAGGAACAGGGGAACUCCGGAAAGCAGAAAAGUUUGGAAAAAGUGAAAUGUUUUAGCUGUGGGAACUUUGGACAUUAUGCAAACAAAUGCCCAAAGAAAGGUAAUCUAGCGUCGUGUUUCGUGAAAGGAGCAUUAUGGGGUUUACAUUAUGUUCCGGGGAAAGUGGAUGAUGUGGAAGUGUCAAUGGUCAAGGACACUGGAACAUCUAUGACGCUAUUGCGGGAGGAUCUUGUUGAUCCAAAAUGUGUUCUACAUGGACAAACUACUUCCUUGGUUACAGCUAUUGGACAGCCAUUCGAGGCUAAGUUAGCAGUGGUUAACCUGGAAACACCAAUGUUUAAGGGACAUGUUCAGGUAGGUUUAGUACCUGAUCUGGUUGCAGAUGGUUUAUUGGGAAUAGAUGUUCUGGAGAGGAACAAAGUUGCAGCUGUGGUUACAAGAGCCAAAGCAAAAGAACAAGAACAAAAUGAAUUAAGUGCCAAAAAUCGCAUGAAUAAAUGUGAUGUCGAACCAAGGGACUUAAAUGUCGUGGUAACUAAGGAUGAGGCUGAUGAAGUGAACCUUGAUUUACCGGAAACUACAUUACUGGCAGCAACAGAAAAUGAAAUUGGAAUUGAGCAGGAAUUUCCUAACGACGCCACAGAAACCAUUUCAGAUCUUGUCUUUGGACAUGGGCUGACACAAAUGCAGAGACAGAGUUUAAGGGAUGUCUGUCAGAAAUUUUCAAGAAUUUUCACAUCAAAGCCGGGAAAGUGUGAUGUUAUCUCACAUACAAUCAAAACAACGUCUGAGAAUCCAAUUACUCAGAGACCUUACAGGAUACCGGAAGCUAAGAAACAGGAAGUUAAGGAGUCUUUGAAUGAAAUGUUAGAACAAGGACUUAUUACACCAUCCAAAAGUCCGUGGGCCUCACCAAUUGUCCUUGUCAACAAGCCUGAUGGGACAAUUAGAAUAUGUGUUGAUUAUAGAAAAUUGAAUGAAAUAACUCUCAUGGACCCUUAUCCCAUUCCACGCAUGAGUGAUAUAUUUGAGAAAAUUGGAAGUGCAAAAUAUUUGAGUAGAUUUGAUCUAACAAAAGGCUACUGGCAAGUUCCUCUGGCAAAGGAAACACGCGAGAAAUCCGCCUUCAUCACCCCAUUUGGCCUUUUCGAGUUUACAGUGAUGCCGUUUGGUAUGAAGACGUCUCCAGCUUCAUUCAUAAGACUUAUGGAUCGUAUUUUAGAUGGAACUCAAAAUACUGUUGCGUACUUUGAUGACAUAAUUGUCUACAGUCAGACGUGGGAAGACCAUAUCGAAUAUGUAACAGAGUUACUUCAGCGUAUUCAUGAGGCCAAUCUUACCAUCAGACCAUCAAAAUGUAAGUUGGGAGCAACAGAAAUCGUCUGUUUGGGACAUAUGGUUGGAGGGGGAUCAAUUCGACCAGACCCUCGGAAAUUGAAGGCCAUGGAGGAUUUUCCGCUUCCCUUGACAAAGAAAGAAUUAAGAUCAUUCUUGGGGCUAACUGGAUACUAUCGCCAGUAUAUAGGAAAUUAA